CUCUGGUGUGAAGCAAGGCUGUGUGUUAGCUCCUGCCCUGUUUAAUAUCUAUCUUCAUGCAAUGUUGUCUUGUGCUUUUGAUGCGGCUUGUGCUUACGGUGUUCGUGUGGAGCACCGUAUUGAUGGUGGGUUGCUGAACAUCCGUCGUUUCGGUGCGAGAACUCUAGUCUGUGAGACAACUAUCCGUAUGUUGCUGUUUGCUGACGACUGUGCGUUGUUUUCACACAGCGCGGAUGAGUUGCAGCACAUGACUAGUGCUCUGGCUUCGACAGCGGCCAAAUUCGGGCUCACCAUCAACACAAGCAAAACUGUCUGUCUGUUUCAGCCUUCACCGGAGGUGCAAUCUUCAAUAUUGCCGCAAAUCAGCAUUGGUGCUGAAGUAUUGGAAACCACCUCCCGCUUCUGCUACCUUGGGA